GCCCGCCCCUCUCGCACUCGCACGCGCACACACGCCGCCCACGCACGCAGCCUCCACGCCGACAGCUCUCCGGCAUCUCCAGCACACGCUCUGCACUCUCCGCCGGCGCGUCGUGGGCUCCAGCAUGACUAGGAGGUGAAGACACACACCCAGCGAGCACCGCCAAGCGACCACCGACCAUGGAGCCGGUCAGCGCCGCCAAACUGUGGCUGGUGCUGAUAGUGACGGCUCUGCUAUCAGCCACGCACGCACAGGACGCCAGAAGAGACGGAGAUGGCGGCAAAGAAGUCAUAGUCGACAUCGAAAACGAGGACAAGACGCAGUAUCACGAGCAGAACUUUAAUAAUACAGGUGCUUACGAGUAUGGAUACGAGGUGGGCCCGGACGGGCAGUUCCACCACGAGAACCGCGGACCGGAUGGCGUGGUAUACGGCUGCUACGGGUACGUGGACCCGGAGGGCAAGCUGCGAGCCACGCAUUACGUGUCAGACGCCUGGGGCUACCGCGUCGUGCAGCCGGGAAGGCCUGUGGAGAUCUUCCUCCACCCACACGACGAAGGACACGACCACGGCGGCGGUGAGGAGCACGGCCACGAGGGACACGGGCACGGUCAUGGACAUGGGCACCAUGGAGUUGUGACACCGUGGAACAAGCUCUACUUCCCUAAAGGAUGUGGCGGAGUCCGGCCACCAGGGCAGCCUGGUGGUGGACCUUUCCCAGGUCCUGGAGGUGGACCAGUAGAAGGAGCUGGCACAGGAACAGAAGAGGGAGCUAUUUUCCCAGGACAAAUACCUCCUGGAGGAGGUCCACCAGGUGCACCAGGAUACCCAGGUGCACCAGGCUAUCCAGGAGGACCAGGGGGACCUGGUGGACCAGGAGGACCAGGUGGGCCUGGAGGACCAGUAGGACCAGGGGGACCUACAGGACCAGGUGCUCCAGUAGGACCAGGAGGUCCAGUUGGACCAGGAGGACCAACAGGCCCAGCACCACCAGGGGCACCAGGAGGCCCUGGAGGACCAGGAGGACCAGGAGGACCAGGUGGACCAGGAGGACCACCAGGUAUAGGAGGACCAACGGGGCCUGGAGGACCACUUAGACCAGGUAUACCAGGAAGGCCAGGAGCACCAGGAACACCAGGAGGGCCAGGAGGACCAGGUGGACCAGGAGGUCCAGGAGGACCAGGUGGACCACCAGGCAUAGGAGGACCAACAGGCCCUGGAGGACCAGUUAGACCAGGAAUACCAGGAAGACCAGGAGCACCAGGAACACCAGGAGGGCCAGGAGGACCUGGAGGACCUGGAGGACCAGGUGGACCAGGAGGACCACCAGGUAUAGGAGGACCAACAGGGCCUGGAGGACCAGUUAGACCAGGAAUACCAGGAAGACCAGGAGCACCAGGAGGACCAGGAGGACCAGGAGGACCUGGAGGACCUGGAGGACCAGGAGGACCACCAGGUAUAGGAGGACCAACAGGUCCUGGAGGACCACUUCAACCAGGAAUACCAGGAAGACCAGGAGCACCAGGAACACCAGGAGGGCCAGGAGGACCUGGAGGACCUGGAGGCCCAGGAGGACCAGGAGGACCACCAGGUAUAGGAGGACCAACAGGGCCUGGAGGACCAGUUAGACCAGGAAUACCAGGAAGACCAGGAGCACCAGGAACACCAGGAGGACCUGGAGGACCUGGAGGACCUGGAGGACCAGGAGGACCAGGAGGACCACCAGGUAUAGGAGGACCAACAGGUCCUGGAGGACCAUUUCAACCAGGAAUACCAGGAAGACCCGGAGCACCAGGAACACCAGGAGGACCAGGAGGACCUGGAGGACCUGGAGGACCAGGAGGACCAGGAGGACCACCAGGUAUAGGAGGACCAACAGGGCCUGGAGGACCAGUUACACCAGGAAUACCAGGAAGACCAGGAGCACCAGGACCACCAGGAGGACCUGGAGGACCUGGAGGUCCUGGAGGACCAGGAGGACCAGGUGGACCACCAGGUAUUGGAGGACCUACAGGGCCAGGGGUACCAGGUAUACCAGGUAGACCAGGAGCACCAGGAACACCAGGAGGACCUGGAGGACCUGGAGGACCAGGUGGGCCAGGUGGCCCUCCAUUCCCAGGAGGACCAACUGGGCCAGGAGUACCAGGAAUACCAGGUAUACCAGGAGCGCCAGGAACACCAGGAGGGCCAGGUGGCCCAGGAGGGUCAGGUGGACCAGGAGGACCACCAGGAAUAGGAGGACCUACAGGCCCUGGAGGACCAGUUAGACCAGGAAUUCCAGGAAGACCAGGAGCACCAGGCACACCAGGAGGACCAGGUGGUCCAGGAGGGCCAGGAGGACCAGGUGGGCCAGGAGGACCACCAGGAAUAGGAGGACCUACAGGACCAGGUGGACCAGUCAGACCAGGAAUACCAGGAAGACCAGGAGCUCCAGGCACACCAGGAGGACCAGGAGGUCCAGGAGGCCCAGGAGGCCCAGGUGGGCCAGGAGGACCACCAGGAAUAGGAGGACCUACAGGGCCAGGAGGACCAGGAAUACCAGGAAGACCAGGAGCGCCAGGAACACCAGGAGGACCUGGAGGACCUGGAGGUCCAGGAGGUCCUGCUUUCCCAGGAGGACCGACUGGGCCAGGAGGACCAGGAAUACCAGGUGUACCAGGAGCACCUGGAGCACCCGGAGGUCCAGGAGGACCUGGUGGACCUGGUGGUCCAGGAGGACCACCAGGAAUAGGAGGACCUACAGGGCCAGGGGGACCAGGAAUACCAGGAAGGCCAGGUGCACCAGGAGCUCCAGGUGGUCCAGGAGGACCAGGUGGACCAGGUGGACCAGGAGGACCACCAGUUCCCGGAUUUCCUGGAGGCCCAGGAUACCCAGGAGGCUAUCCUACUGGACCUGGUACUUUACCUGGGGCGCCUGGUUUACCAGGUGCACCAGGUGUACCAGGAGCUCCAGGACAACCUGGAGGCCCAGGAUAUCCUGGAGGACGACCGCCUACAGGACCUAUUGGUUUCCCAGGUACUCCAGGAGCCCCAGGACAACCUGGAACACCAGGACAGCCCGGAGCACCAGGGUUCCCUGGACAGAGGCCACCGACUGGACCAGGAGGCUAUCCUGGCGCCCCUGGAAUCCCAGGACAACCAGGCUACCCGGGAACACCAGGCCAGAGGCCGCCGUCAGGACCAGGAGGAUUUCCAGAAGGACCAGGAUAUCCAGGCGGAGGUCCAGGAGGAUACCCAGGAUACCCCGGCGCUCCAGGGCUUCCAGGAGCACCAGGAUACCCAGGAGGACCGGGACAGAAGCCUCCCACAGGGCCUGGCGGAUACCCCGGAGCACCAGGGCAACCAGGGGCACCAGGCCUUCCAGGUGUACCAGGACAGCCGGGACAGAGGCCUCCAUCAGGACCUGGAGGAUAUCCAGGAGGAUAUCCAGGCGGAUACCCAGGCUACCCAGGAGCUCCAGGAGGUCCAGGCGCACCAGGAACACCAGGUGUGCCAGGUAAGCCUGGAACACCAGGGACACCAGGCUACCCAGGAAUACCUGGAGGUCCAGGAUAUCCAGGGGGAAGACCGCCAGCAGGAGGAGUACCAGGAGGAUACCCAGGUGGUCCAGGUGCACCAGGAGCACCAGGCUACCCAGGAGCACCAGGAUUACCAGGAGGAAGGCCACCUUCAGGAGGAGGACCAACUGCACCAGGAGGCUACCCAGGUCAACCAGGUAGACCAGGAACACCAGGAACACCUGGAGCACCUGGAUUACCAGGGACACCAGGAGGACCAGGAUAUCCAGGAGGAAGACCACCUACAGGUGGUGGACCCACAGCACCAGGAGGAUACCCAGGUGGUCCAGGUGCACCAGGAGCACCUGGGUACCCAGGGGCACCAGGAGCUCCUGGGGUACCAGGAUUGCCAGGAGGAAGGCCACCAUCAGGAGGAGGACCAACUGCACCAGGAGGCUACCCAGGUCAACCAGGUAGACCAGGAACACCAGGAACACCUGGAGCACCUGGAUUACCAGGGACACCAGGAGGACCAGGAUAUCCAGGAGGAAGACCACCUACAGGUGGUGGACCCACAGCGCCAGGAGGAUACCCAGGUGGUCCAGGUGCACCAGGAGCACCUGGGUACCCAGGGGCACCAGGAGCUCCUGGGGUACCAGGAUUGCCAGGAGGAAGGCCACCAUCAGGAGGAGGACCAACUGCACCAGGAGGCUACCCAGGUCAACCAGGUAGACCAGGAACACCAGGAACACCUGGAGCACCUGGAUUACCAGGGACACCAGGAGGACCAGGAUAUCCAGGAGGAAGACCACCUACAGGUGGUGGACCCACAGCGCCAGGAGGAUACCCAGGUGGUCCAGGUGCACCAGGAGCACCUGGGUACCCAGGGGCACCAGGAGCUCCUGGGGUACCAGGAUUGCCAGGAGGAAGGCCACCAUCAGGAGGAGGACCAACAGCACCAGGAGGCUAUCCAGGUCAACCAGGUAGACCAGGAACACCAGGAACACCUGGAGCACCUGGAUUACCAGGGACACCAGGAGGACCAGGAUAUCCAGGAGGAAGACCACCUACAGGUGGUGGACCCACAGCACCAGGAGGAUACCCAGGUGGUCCAGGUGCACCAGGAGGACCUGGGUACCCAGGGGCACCAGGAGCUCCUGGGGUACCAGGAUUGCCAGGAGGAAGGCCACCAUCAGGAGGAGGACCAACAGCACCAGGAGGCUAUCCAGGUCAACCAGGUAGACCAGGAACACCAGGAACACCUGGAGCACCUGGAUUACCAGGGACACCAGGAGGACCAGGAUAUCCAGGAGGAAGACCACCUACAGGUGGUGGACCCACAGCGCCAGGAGGAUACCCAGGUGGUCCAGGUGCACCAGGAGCACCAGGCUACCCAGGGGCACCAGGAGCACCUGGGGUACCAGGAUUGCCAGGAGGAAGGCCACCAACAGGAGGAGGACCAACUGCACCAGGAGGUUACCCAGGUGGCCCAGGCAUUCCGGGAGUGCCAGGCUAUCCAGGAGCCCCAGGAGUACCGACAGGACCAGGAACUGGCCAGCCACAACCAGGACAACCGGGAGCACCAGGUGCUCCUGGACUACCAGGCAGGCCUGGAACACCAGGUCAACCAGGCACACCAGGCUACCCAGGAGGGCCAGGAUAUCCAGGCCAACCAGGAAUAUCAACAGGACCAGGUGGAAGACCGCCAACUGGAGGGUACCCAGGAGGACCAACUGGCCCAGGUGCACCAGGACAGCCAGGAGCACCAGGACUGCCAGGGCAGCCUGGAUACCCAGCACAGCCAGGAGUACCAUCAGGACCAGGAGGAAGACCACCCACUGGAGGUUACCCAGGAGUACCGACAGGACCAGGUGGAAGACCACCAACUGGAGGGUACCCUGGAGGACCAACUGGUCCAGGAGCACCAGGACAACCAGGAGCACCAGGACUACCAGGGCAGCCUGGAUACCCAGGGCAGCCAGGAGUACCAUCAGGGCCAGGAGGAAGACCACCCACUGGAGGUUACCCAGGAGUACCAUCAGCACCAGGUGGAAGACCACCUACUGGAGGUUAUCCAGGAGGACCAACUGGACCAGGAUUACCAGGAGGACCAGGAUCACCAGGGCAACCAGGACGACCUGGCACACCAGGUCAACCAGGAACACCAGGAUACCCUGGAGGACCAGGAUACCCAGGCCAACCAGGAAUACCAACAGGACCAGGAGGAAGACCACCAACAGGAGGGUACCCCGGAGGACCAACUGGUCCAGGAGCACCAGGACAGCCAGGAGCACCAGGACAGCCAGGAUUACCAGGGCAACCAGGUGCACCGGGUUACCCUGGAGGUAGACCACCAUCACCAGGCUAUCCAGGAGGUCCAGGAUUACCAGGCACACCAGGACAACCAGGAGUACCAGGACAACCAGGAUAUCCAGGAGGACCAUCAGUACCUGGUGGCCGACCACCUACUGGAGGUUACCCUGGAGGACCAACUGGGCCAGGAGGACCUGGAUUACCAGGUCAACCAGGACGACCUGGUGCGCCAGGACAACCAGGAACGCCAGGCUACCCAGGAGGACCAGGAUAUCCAGGCCAACCAGGAAUACCAACCGGACCAGGAGGAAGACCACCAACAGGAGGAUACCCAGGAGCACCAGGUGGUCCAGGAGCACCAGGACAGCCAGGAGCACCAGGAAUACCAGGACAGCCUGGAUACCCAGGGCAGCCAGGAGUUCCAACAGGCCCAGGAGGAAGACCUCCUACUGGAGGCUACCCAGGGGCACCAGGGGGACCAACAGGUCCUGGAGGUCCAGGAUUACCAGGCCAACCAGGACGACCUGGCACACCAGGUCAGCCAGGAACACCAGGAUACCCAGGUGGACCAGGAUACCCAGGUCAACCAGGAAUACCAACAGGACCAGGAGGAAGACCACCCACAGGAGGAUACCCAGGAGCACCAAGUGGUCCAGGAGCACCAGGACAGCCAGGAGCACCAGGAAUACCAGGACAGCCUGGAUACCCAGGACAGCCAGGAGUUCCAACAGGCCCAGGUGGAAGGCCACCUACUGGAGGUUACCCUGGAGCACCAGGAGGACCUGGACUACCAGGAGGGUCAGGAUUACCAGGCCAACCCGGACAACCCGGUACACCAGGAACACCAGGCUAUCCUGGUGGACCAGGAUAUCCUGGCCAACCAGGAAUACCAACAGGACCAGGUGGAAGACCACCAACUGGUGGGUACCCAGGAGGACCAACUGGUCCAGGAGCACCAGGACAGCCAGGAGCACCAGGAAUACCAGGACAGCCUGGAUACCCAGGACAGCCAGGAGUUCCAACAGGCCCAGGUGGAAGACCACCUACUGGAGGUUACCCAGGAGCACCAGGAGGACCAACAGGUCCUGGACUGCCAGGAGGUCCAGGAUUACCAGGCCAACCUGGACGACCUGGCACACCAGGUCAGCCAGGAACACCAGGAUACCCAGGAGGACCAGGAUACCCAGGUCAACCAGGAAUACCAACAGGACCCGGAGGAAGACCACCAACAGGAGGAUACCCAGGAGGACCAACUGGUCCUGGAGCACCAGGACAGCCAGGAGCACCAGGCCUACCCGGCGCACCAGGUUACCCUGGAGGUAGACCACCAUCACCAGGCUACCCAGGAGGUCCAGGAUUACCAGGUGCUCCAGGACAGCCAGGAGUACCUGGACAACCUGGAUAUCCAGGAGGGCCAUCAGGGCCUGGUGGUAGACCACCCACAGGAGGGUACCCUGGAGGACCAUCUGGGCCAGGAGGACCAGGAUUACCAGGCCAACCAGGACGACCUGGUAUACCAGGUCAGCCAGGAACACCAGGACAGCCAGGAGGACCAGGAUAUCCAGGCCAACCAGGAAUACCCACAGGACCAGGUGGAAGACCACCAACUGGUGGUUUCCCAGGAGGACCAACUGGUCCAGGAGCUCCAGGACAGCCAGGAGCACCAGGACAGCCAGGUGCACCAGGAGUACCAGGACAGCCAGGAUACCCAGGACAGCCAGGACUGCCAGGAGGACCAGGUGGAAGACCACCCACCGGUGGAUAUCCAGGAGCACCAGGCGGGCCAACAGGACCUGGUGGACGGCCACCUACCGGUGGUUUCCCUGGAACACCAGGUGUACCAGGUUACCCAGGAUAUCCAACAGGACCAACAGGACCUGGAGGUAGGCCUCCACCUGGAUAUCCAGGAGGGCCUGGAGCACCUGGGGCUCCAGGUACUCCUGGAGCACCUGGACUCCCUGGACAACCUGGAACACCAGGGUACCCAGGAGCACCAGGAGGACCUAGUGGAGGACAACCACCUUCUACUACUCCAGGAGGCGGAGCGCCCCCAGUGCAGCUGGUGCCCUACCCGCUGCCCAUCGUACCAGUCCCGGGCCUGUGCCCGUGCUACCUGGUCGAGCCCAGUGCCAACGGUACGUCUGGCAACGUGAGCCUGCCGCCCACGCCUCCUCCCUACAGGCCUCCGCCGACCUACAGCCCGCCCCCGCAGCAGCAGGGUGGCCUGCCGCCCUACGCCUUCAUCGGCUUCAUCCCAGUCAUCUUCUACCCGUACUGCCCGGGCAACGGCAGCGAUCCCAGCCAGAUGCUGCAGCCCAUGUUCCCCUCGGCGGUGCUGGCGCCCUACCCCUGCUCGCAGUGCGGCUCGGGCAGUGGGGAGCAGUUGCCGCCGCCCACGCUGGCGCGCUUCGACCCUUCGUCCAGCUUCGGGCGCGUGCUGGACCUCGCCAACAUCCCGCUCACCUCCGUCGUCAGGGCGCCGCACCGGCGAGUCAUGAAGCGCAGGCAUCGAGUGCUCCCUGCCACGGCACCGGCGCUCUGAGACUGACAGCCCGUACAGAAUCGCCCUCGCCUGUCCUGAAGAUGGCCACUUCCGUUGCCUUCGAAACGUUACCGUGCCUCCAGCUCAAGUGGCCUACCAGACAGCAUGAACUGGGACACGAAACUACGAAAAAACUGUUGUACAUCUAUUCCACAUAUACGUAACAAGGGUGUUAUACACUUUGCGAUAGUUCUCGAACUCUUAUCUAGGCGCCAGUUUCCUUUGUUGAUCACGUCCCGACCUUACCAGAGGGUGCCAACAUUUUACAAAAUGUCUGCAGGCUUUCGUGGCCGUUAUCACUGAAGUUAAAAUCUUCUGGGUUACAGUGUUCUAGCAGUAGUGGACACCAAAAGAUCCUGAGGAAGAUCCCAGCAGAGGGGUCGAAACGACGAACAUUUUAGAAGAAAUAUGACGCGGCCUAAUAACCCAGAAGAUUUUAACUUCAUUUUACAAAAUGUUCUUCACAUAUUUGUUCCAGUGACUUCCUCUACCUUACGUGGUCUGCCCAAAAUUAAUCUAGACCCCGAUUUCCUGUCUGCUAGUACUUUUUCAGCACAUUCAACAUAUAAAUUACAGAAACAUUUUUGAGAUGUUAUGUUAACAUCGAGGUAUGCAGAGAAGGUAGAAACAAUUAUGAUUACAAGGAAAGCAACGCCUAUAAAAGUUAGAGCCAGUACGUGAAUACAAUAUGAAGUAAAACCGCACUGCUGUCUAGAUAAAAAGAAGUCCUCUUGGAAGGAGGCACGGAGUGAGCAUACUCGGCGAAACGGAAGCGGCAAUUGUCGACAGGCGGGCUAGAUUCUCGGUCUCUACUCCUGUCGCUACUGAUCUAUUUGCUCUCGUACCUACAUUUUUCGUUCCACCCCUCAUCCACCCCUCGCAUCCUUUCUAGACUAACACAUCACCUGCAAAGAUCCCACGUCAGAGAGCUUUCUGGAUCAGUCGCGGCGACGGAGGACUCGGCUACUGCUGUCCCUGUCGCAGGGGCAGUGUUGGCCGGAUGGCUCUGGGCGUCUGAGUAAGGAGAACCUCGCGCCGUGCUCACUUCGCUCGACGGCGGCCAUGCUGCAGGAAAUGCUCACUGCUAAUCACUAUUUAUAUGCAUACGUGAAAACGCUCCGUUGUGGGCUUCGGCGCCUCGAAAGCUUCCCUACUUCGCAGCUACCUUUGCCUCUCGCUACACAUGCUCCGCUCCACCGCACUACAUUAUGAAGAUCACAUGCCCAGGUCCAUCCUCACGUAACACCGUCAGAGAGUGCCUAUUGUAUUUAAAAAACAUUUUCUAAUCCUUAAAUUAUAUUCUACACAUGCCAAUAAUUAUUUUUGUACAAUGAGAAAAUACUUUAUAAGCAAGUAUUUUAACAUGUAGAAACUUUGUUUCAACAAUUAAUGAGACGGAUGCCGCUUGUUUUUAAGUUAAGAUUUCAUUGACUCUACAGGUGUAUGAAUAAAUUGUCCGUAUAUACGUGUCUCGCAUUUUUAUGAGUCGUACAAAGCUGUAAACACAAAAAAUUAAAAUACAGUCUUUUUAUAAAA